AUGGCCGACCAUUUUCGUUUCUACCCUAACGCCGAGGACACCAUCACCCCGUGGAACGCGAGGUACCAGUACCCGUCGCAAUCCAAUGCGGCGAGGAAAGUGACCCCGCGUAUCCCGCCCGUCAACGGGAUGGUGUUUGGCGCCAACUAUGGGAAAUACAUCAAAGUCCAGUUCCCCGCGCAAGGUUACGUCAACCCGACCAACACGACACUGACGUUUGACGUUACUCUCACGGGGUACUCCCAAUCCUCGGCCGUCGAACAAGUCAGGUUCCAAAACAACAUUCAAUCGAUUUUCAAACGUGUCAAGUGGAUGUAUGGGUCUACCCCCGGUGAAGAUAUUGACGACUACAAUGUGAUGGUCCGCAAUUUGACCGAAUGGACAGCGAGCAACGCCUAUGGCACGAUGGAUUCCACGUCUAUUAAUGAAGGGAUCGGCGGGGUGGUGGUUGGACGGACCCUCACUGCCGGUGAUCCAAGCCCUGUACAAUCGGGUGCUGCUCUCGUCAAUGCGCGUCAAGCGUACAUCCAAGGCAUUGACAACACGGACGCCGCAUUAGGGUUUGGGGGUGUUCCCAAUCGUCACAACCAUAGUUUAUUGACAGCUACUUAUGGGACUAACGCAUGUACCCGGCGGUACCAGGUCUCCCUCAUGUUGGGACUCUUGACACAGGAAAAGUUGAUCCCAACUAAAUUCAUGGCCUCUCAACUGUCCAUCGAAAUCGAACUCGCUUCCCCCGAAGAAUGUAUCAUUGUCGCCUACAAUGGAACCACUGACAACCUCGCUCCCCCGACCUAUCUCGUCCACAACAUCCAGCUCAUCCCUGAAAUCAUCAAUUUCGACCCCUCCUACGACGAAAUGUUCAUCCGUGGAUUGUCCCAAGGAGGAGUGCCGAUCAAGUUUGGAACAUGGCACACGUUCAGAACAUCUACUGCCGGUUCAAGUGUCAUUAAUUUCCCUAUCCACGAAAGAGGCCGCUCUAUCAAAUCCUUGUUUGCGGUGCAAAGGCGACAAGUUCCUGUUUACGGUCGAGAUAUGGGAGCCACGCCGAACGCUUCCAACGGGAUUAUGCAAUCGUACCAGUACCGCAUCGGUGGUGAAUAUUAUCCCGCGGCUCCGGUCGAAUUGUCCAUGUCACCGUCCAGCAAGGUUUCCAACGGGGGUACAGAGGCGUGGCUCGAAUUACAAAAAGCACUCAACACCGUCGGGGAUUACCGUCUUUCCUCGGCCAUCAACACGCUCCGUUGGCAUGCGCCGUACAGUGCGGUUUUGUGUGAAACUGAUUUCGCCGGUACCAUUAUACGCGGCGACCAGACAGAACCGUAUGCCCAGACAGUGGUCGCCCCCACUUCCAAGCAACAGGCGGGUAAUAUGGGUUCACACCAUUUCGCCGCGGCGAUUUCAUUGGAAGCGACCAACGGGACCGAGAUCUCGGGUCUCAAUGCGCAAGAACAGUCUGAUAUUACCUUUAUGGCGCGUUACUCUGAGUCUCAAUUGGCGGAUUACCAGAUCUUUGUUUUUGCUUACAUUGACAAGAUGAUUAUUUUGCGUGAAAACAAUGUGAUGGAAAUGGUAGAGUAG